GGAAACGCCACAAUCCUCAAUUCCUGCUCCUACCCAUUGUACAUCUGGUCCCAAGACUCGGCCUCAUCGGCCCCUUCUUCCACCCCCCUCCUUCCUAACACCAUCUACCGCGAACCCCUGCGAGCCCCCUGCCUCCAUUGCGGCGUUUCGCUCAAAAUCUCCAAGAACCCACUCCACGCAGACCAAAUCACGCAAUUCGAGUACAGUCUCAGUGACGAUGCCGUCUGGUACGACAUCAGCCUUAUCGAUUGCGUGGAAGGGGAUGACGCGAGUCACUGUCCUGGACAUGAAGCUGGACUUCAGGUAGUUGCGGGAACGAAUGAUUACGGGUGCGGAAAGAUGGAAUGUAAGCCGGGAGAGACGUGUAAGGAGAGCGUGUAUUAUGUCCCGGUGCCCGGGCAGAAACAGCCGGUUGGGAGGUGUAAUCGGGGCGCGGGU